AAUCAGAGAACCAUCUUUACGUGUAAGAUGCUAUUCCGCAAAUCGUUAGUGAAGAAAUCUCAAUUCGGUGAGCAACACUAGUUGAGCAACAACCGUUCAACAAGGGAUUGACAGGUCUAAACAACCCAUCUGAGAAACUUAACAACAAAGUCUCAAACCCAAUCCUGUAGCAGCAUUGCAGAAGACUGAGCAAACACUACGGAACCGUUGAUAAUGAUGCACUGUCUGACCUCAAAUGACGAAAAGGAAGACAACAAAGGAAGAGAAAACGUAAUGGCUGAUGUGUCGAACGAACUUAAAAGCCCCUUUAUUCUCCCUCGUUUUAGUUUGAUAUUGGGAUCUGUUUGGUCAAGGAUUGAAAAUUCUGACGGUGAAAGCUUCAUGUUUGCAAUAUUCAACUCCGGGACAAAAGGUUUCAGACGUGAAGAUUCUGGUUCUGAAACCCUCAUUCCUUAAAAGUUGGUUUGGUUUCGAGGUGGAAGAAGUAAUGAGGAGGUGUGGCCUUGUUUGUGGGUGCGGCGGUGUUUGUACAGAAUUCAACCACCUCGGAGAUCUCGGAGCAACCUGUUGAGCAGCGGCAUGACCAGUCAAGCCACUCCCUCCUAACAUUACCGUGACUAGGUAGUGCUCUCUCUCUCUCUCUCUCUCUCUCUCUCUCUCUCUCUCUGUGAAGAGCAAAGAUGAGUCAAAUGGGUCAUCGUUCUAGUGAUCAACCGGCCAAGAAGACGAUCAGAGAGCCGCUCCUGGAGACCCCAACCCCAAAGGGUGGCCUCAGAACCAUCCCUUUCAUAAUUGCAAAUGAGGCGUUUGAGAAUGUGGCGAGCUACGGAUUGCUGCCCAACAUGGUGGUGUACUUGACCAAAGAGUACCGCUUGGAGAACGUCGUCGCUGCCAACGUCCUCUUCCUCUGGUCUGCCGCCACCAAUUUCCUCCCGAUCGUCGGCGCCGUCCUCGCCGACUCCUACUUCGGCCGCUACCCGAUGAUCGGGUUUGGUUCCAUCGUCAGUCUACUGGGAAUGAUUCUUCUAUGGUUAACAACGGUGCUUCCACAAGCAAGGCCUCCUUCUUGUGACGAGUUCAACAAGGACACUUGCGGAUCAGCAACCACAGCGCAAUUGUUGCUCCUAUAUUCUUCCUUUGGCCUCAUGUCCAUAGGAGCCGGAGGCAUAAGAUCAUCUGCCUUAGCAUUUGGUGCUGACCAACUAGAAGCAGGAGCGAGCUCCAAAACUUCAGGCAACUUGUUACAGAAGUUCUUCAGUUGGUACUAUGUUUCGGUCAUGACCGCGGUGAUGGUCGCAAUGACCUGCAUAGUGUAUAUUCAAGAUAUCGCGGGCUGGAAAAUCGGCUUCGGAGUUCCCGUCGUGCUCAUGUUCAUAUCGACCUUCUCAUUCUUCUUGGCGUCACCUUUUUACUUCAAACUGAAGGUAGAAUCAAGCCUGCUCACGAGGUUCUUCCAAGUUGUUGUGGCCGCCUUUAAAAACAGAAGCAUCAAGCUGUCAUCCUUGCGCCCGGACGAAUUGUAUCAUAUUGGAAAAGGAUCGAUGCUUCAAGUGCCGAGCGAAAAAUUGCGGUUUCUGAACAAAGCGUGCAUUAUCAGAGAGACUGACCAACUACACCUCACAGAUGGGAAGGCCCUGGAUCCAUGGAGUCUCUGCACAGUCGACCAAGUCGAAGAGCUGAAAUCGCUAAUCAACAUAAUCCCGUUAUGGUCGACUGGGAUCAUGAUGGCGGUGGCCUGCAACCAGAACUCCUUCAUAGUACUCCUCGUCGCCUCCAUGGACCGACACAUCACCCCAAAUUUCGAAAUCCCUGCAGGCUCCUUCACCAUUUUCAUGGUUGUCUCUUUGCUAGCCUUCGUCGCUUUCUACAACUGUGUAUUCCUCCGUCUCGCCUCUGCAAUCAUUGGAAAGCCAGUCUAUCUGAGCUUGAAACAGAGGAUGGGGUCCGGGCUCGCUCUAUCCAUCUUCGCCACGUCAGCCUUAGCCGCAGUGGAAUCGGUUAGGCGAAAAGUUGCCACAGAGGAAGGACUUUUGGACGGAACAGGGGUGGUUAAAAUGUCAGCGAUGUGGCUGCUUCUGUACUAUGUUCUGAUCGGAUUCGCCGAGGGCUUUAAUGCAAUCGGGCAAAACCAGUUCUAUUACUCGGAGUUGCCCAAGACCAUGUCUAGUGUCGCCGCCACUCUGUUGGGGGUCAGUAUGGCCGUGGCGAACUUGGUCGCAAGCCUCAUAAUCAGCAUUGUGCAGUUGGCUACUGAGAGAGAAGGGAUGGAGAGUUGGGUUGGGAAUAAUAUCAACAAGGGGCACUAUGACUACUACUUUGGGGUCAUCACUUGUUUUAGCACCCUCAAUUUUGUGUACUUUCUUGCUUGUAGCAAGGCCUAUGGACCCUGCAAAAAUGAAGGUGGUGAUGGUGCUUCAAGUAGAGUACUUGAAGAAGAGACUGGUGCAAGUUCCUAAAUUUAGCAAAGGAAGUGAUUUUUCUUUCUUCCUUUGACCAUUAGUCAAUAUGUCAUGUAUAUCAACUUCUUAUCAGCAAUAUAUCAACACUUUCA